AUGUGGCAGCAAUAUUCUAAUGAUGGACAAAUAGUAUCUAUCUAUCUAUCUAUCUAUCUAUCUAUCUAUCUAUCUAACAUAUUCAGUCUACCAUAUACUGUUGAUUUCUUCACUCUCUCUCUCUCUCUCUCUCUCUCUCUCUCUCUCUCUCUUGUUGCUACCUCCUAUCUAUCGCUCUCUCUAUCUCUAUCUCCUCUCUCUCUACACACACAUAUACAUAUAAGCAUAUCUCUUUUCUUUGGGAAAGGAAGUAUUCUGCCUUCUGUCAAUCAUUCUAUGACUUCUCCAUUAUAUAUGUCGUUACAGUCGAAUAUCUUUAAAAUCCUGAGUCUUCCAAACCUCCGGAGGAAUGAUUCAAGUCCCUCUUCUUUCUCAUUUUUAAAGCUUUUUGCACCUUCAUAUUUUCAACUUUCUCUUCGUCAAUUCCUUUCUCAUUUCCUUUUCUUAAAAUUUUCUUUUCAUCCUUUACCUGACGCCAGUUUACCAUCCGCCAUCUUUUCUUCUUUCUCUUUGUCCGCACUUUCGUAUUUCUCUUGUUUUCUUACAACAUUGUUCCUCCUUGAAUCUUCACAGCCCAUUCCUCAUCUGCCUUCAGUUAAGCCAGGAUUCCAUACAGGAAAGAUAAGUGACAUAAAUAUCAAUAUUUAUUUUCAUUUCUUUUUCUUUAUUAUUCCUUCAAAUAUCUAUCUUAUUGACUUCCGUUUUUCUUUCUUUGGCCGGUAUUUUCCUGUUGUUUGUUGUUGGUUUCAUUCUUUUUCUUUAACGUCUUAA